UUUUCAUUCAUUUCCAUGCCUGAAUCAACGGUUGGAACUUUAGGGACACAGCUCAUGGCUGAUGCCAAUUCUGAGCCAAUCUCAACCUUGGAUGAUUUUCUAUUCAAGGCCGCAACAGAUGCCUUUCCAGACAAUGCACCCGAGGGCACUAUGCAGGUUUAUAGGGAUGCUCAGAGUCGUCUUCCAAAACAAUGUCGCUUCUUUCAUGUAGCAAGCGAUUAUUACGACUGGUCAUAUGAGCAACGUGCUCGAGUCAUGGGUUGUCCUUCGACCUUUCACCUUUGCAAGACAUUGAUCUUUGAGAACACUAAAUUCAAACAGGACGAGGCUAAGGCUGUGGACGAGGACCGCUAUUGGUGUAUUAUUGUCCAAUAUGAAGGAGCGGUCAAUAUCAGCAAACUUGAGAAAGCUGUGAGAGAGAGAACGGGUGCUAGCCGAAAAGCAACUCAUCUCCGGAUCGCUUCUUCAGAAAAGUCGUUUGAAUUGACAGGCUUUGGCAACAAUGCUGUCAGUCCUGUCGGGAUGAGAACAAACAUCCCUAUUUUGAUUUCCAAAGCAGUCGCAGAGUUAUCGCCACCCUUGUUCUACCUUGGUGCAGGUCAUGUCGAUUGGAAGAUUGCACUACCAGUCCAGGGCUUUGUUGAAAAGUGGAAUGCAAGCAUCGUUGAUUUCUGCUGAAAGAAAUGGAUAUAAAAAAUAUAUAUUAUAUAGAGAUUAGACUCAAUUGUUGUCAUCAUUAGAUUAAACUGAAA